GCAAGGUUGAAAAACUUGGAGGUCAUCGGAAUGCAUGAUCAUGUCCUGUUUGCCGAAUUGACGACGGUUUUUCCCAAUUUGGAGAGGUUGAAAGUGGACACGUUCGCCAUGGCGGACGACGAGGAGAAUGAGAUGCAUUUGGACGUCGUGCUGGAAGCGUGUGGGGAUUGGAAACAGUUGAAACAUUUGGAUUUGGCGCUCCCAACGCGGAUAGAACGAAUUAUGGAUUUCUUCCAGACUCUUUGGGAUAACGAAGAAUUGUUUCAGCGCCUCAGAAGUUUCACGCUUGAGAUCGAUUUCAGCGACGAGAUUUACGACUUAUCCGAGGACGAGAUGGAUCUGUUUAAGGAUGUACUUUUGGCGACGAAACGAAUGGACCGGGUCAAAAUAAAAAAUCUUCACGUAAGUCGGAUUAUUAACGAGCGGAACCAAGUGACGGGUAGUUAUCGCGACCGAUUUGUCUGUCCGUCAGUACGAUUACUCUUUUUAGUCUGCUAUCAGAUAUUAUCAAAGCAAGAAAGAGUUCGUUAACUGACCUUGUAGGUAAGAAGGUCACGACGCCACGGUAAUGAGGCCAAAAGCGUCCAUUUUUUGUUUGGACAGUUUUAGACUUUA